CAGGCAGCCAACCCAGCACAGGAGCACAUAGCUUUUUUUCCAACUGUCACCCGGCAAGUAACGCCAGCGCUGAUUGGUCGCUCGACAAUCCAAUGGCUGCGGGGGUGAUUGAGCUGUGCCAGCAACCAACGUACACACUGGGAGUCCGGGAAGUGAGCUUAGGAUGCCUGCGGGCUGAGAGUGCGGAGGAUCCUGACAGAGCGGUGCUAAGGCCGGGGAGCCGGAGGAGCUGAGGGGCCAUGAACCUGGGAGAUGGACUGAUGCUGGAAACUCAAAUUUUAAAUGGCAAACCCAAACUCAUUUUGGCACCUUAUGGGGUACAAGAAAAGAGUGCUAAACAGGCGGGUAACAAGGGAAGGACGCACAAAACACUGAAAGGAAAGAAUCCGGCUCAAGUUCUGCAUGUGGUACAGAGCGGCAAUUCCAAAACUGAGCAGCCGGUGCUGAAAGGCAGAUCUACAGUUGGAGUGGUGCCCCCUGGUAAACCUCCUGCCAAUGUACUUAAGGAACUUGAAAACAAACAUCAUGACCAAAAUGUGCAGCAAAGGAGGCUUGAUGCUGGGAGGGUAAAACCAGUACCCAAAAAGACAUCUAAUGGGCCGAAGCAGAGACCACAACAGAAGGCGGCAAUCUCUGCAGAGGAACUAAGAGAAAGUCUAGUGUGUCUCACCCAGGAACAAUUCCAGCAAAUUCUUACCACCAUCAAUCACAGUAACAAACCAGUAACCUCUGACAAAGAUGAAAAGAAACAAGAUACCAAAGGAGAAAGCAUUAUAGAAAAUCCAGCUACUGAGGAAGAGGUGACCAACAGUGGAGUUACAGAGAAAAAUGAUCUUUCUACCACUGAGCUGAUCAACGAUGGUCAACUCAGGCAAACAGUCAGCUUGUUCAGUACACUAGGAGAACGUGAGAGAGACAAGAAUCUACAGGAAGCAAAGAAAGCCCAGUGGAGGAGAGAGCUAGAUGAACAAGUUGCUCUAAAGAAGAAACUGAAGGAGGCUGAAAAGGAUGGAAUUAAUAUCAGACAUCGGGAAACUUAUGGCAGAGACUCUUCUGUUUCAGAGAGGACCGUCUCUUCUGAUCUAACAAAGCAUACACCUAUCAAUGACUACAGCACUCCAGACCAUGAAGAUCCUAUGCUGAAGAUGUCAGCUGGUACAGAAACCAACGAAUCCUCACCAUUUGGAAGGGCUUCGAGUUUUAGCUCCCCUGAACUUCCUGCUGCUAUCCGUUGUGCAUUUGUUUUAGGGGAAGCAACCCCACUGGACCACCCAUUCAGUGCUGAAAAACGUCAACAGCAAAAGAGAUGGUUAGAUGAACUGAACAAGCAAAGGGAGGAAGCUGCCCUACGUAAAAUGGAGGAAAAGCAGAAGUUUCAAGAGAGUGUUCAACAGGAUCACUGGGCAAUGCAUUUUGAUUCUUUUAAGAAGCAAACUCCUAUCUCUCAGAAUACAGCAACAUUUCAGCAAUUUGAAAAUCCUCAAGCAACAUCAGAUCCAGUGAGGAGUACAACAUCUCCUUCUGCAAAUCAUCACCAACAGGAGCAAUUAGAAACUACAAAAUCCACUGAGGAACAACAUUUUCAAAAUCAUAAAGCUGGGUUCCUGCGUACUAUGACCUCAUUGUUAGACCCAGUACAGAUUGAAGAAAGGGAUCGCAAAAGAUUGAAGCAACUAGAACAUCAGAGAGCCAUAGAAGCUCAGGUUGAAGAAAAACGCAAGAGAAAGCAGCUGGAAGAAGAACAAAGAGAAAAAGAAGAACUGGAGGAGGAGAGGCGACUGGCAAGAGAACGGGAACAGAUGCAACAACAGUACGAGGAAGACUCAUUUAAACAGAAAAGAAAAGAAGAGGUUGUUGACUUAAAGACAAAAGAAUUGUACCAAAGUAUGCAAAAGGCACAGGAAGAAGCACAGCGGCUGAAGCAUGAGCAGCGGAUGCGUCACUUACUGCAGAAGGGGCAUGAUAUAUCUAACCUACAGAAAAAUGUAGCAGGUGAUACACCACAUCCAGAUGUCAUCAGGGCUGCAAGCCGCACCACUGACGUCCGAUCAGAUGACACCAACAGUGUUAUGAAACAAAGCACUUUCACAGUUACCUCGCCAAGGAAGGACAUUGCUGUACAGACAGAUGACUUCAGUGUUGUCAUGAAGCCAGAAUCCAUGUCUUAUUGCAAAGAGACAACAUGGAGACAUGAGCACAAUGCCUCUCCUGAAAUUCCUAUAGAGUUUAAGGACCAACAGCACAAAGCUGAAGUACAAGCAAAAAAGUCACUUCUCCAGAGAGACAGAAAUGACUCCAGCAAGGAAAACAUUAAUACCUACAGUGAUGUUUACGAUCAGUUCGCAAGAACAGAAAAACAGGGUAAAGAGCACAGUUGCAAACCAGACUGGAAUAAAAACAGACCUCAAAAGAAAUACAUCCCUGCUUCAGAGAGGUACCCCAGAGGACUUCAGAAGCAGAGGGAGGAGAGCAAAGUGCGGAGACAGAUGGAGCUGCUACAUUUAGUGGAAAAGAAUUCUAAUAACUGUCACUUAAAGGGAAAAGGGAAUUCUCCAGAGAAGUCACCAGUUCCACGCGAAGAAGUUAAGAUGUCUACACAUAAUGAAGACAUAACCUUGCAGGAGGCUAAAAAGCCGGAAGACAGAGUGCAGAAAGUUGAAUCGCAUUUCAAAAGAUCAGACUCUCCCCCAGUCCCUGCAGUGAAGAACAGAUUACACCAAGCUCAGAAGAGAUCCACUGCUUCUCCUGUUCCUUUAGUUUACAAUGGAAACUCUGUGUCUAUCCAGCGGCAUGUCACCCCAGACCUUGAGAAAUUAGACUGUGACCGACCGCCAUCUUCACAAUUUGUUCCAUAUGUACGGACAAAAGAGAUUUACUAUCUAGACCCUAAUGCCCCUAUGUCCAGGCCUUCAACACAUGAGCCCCAGCACAAUCCGAUAGGCAAUGACCAGGAAUCUCGACAAAUAUUUAGCUCCAAUCAUGCAAAAGACCCUUUAUUGAACCCUAAUGUCGUCAGAAAUAAGGACCGACAGCAAGCUAUACUGAGGGGAUUGUCUGAAUUACGGAAGGGCUUGCUUCAGAAACAAAGGGAACUGGAGACCGGUUUGAUGCCAGAUGUUUAAUAUGAUGGCAAAGGCUUUUAUCCAGUUGUGUGUGUUAUACCAUAGGUGUGUGUGUGUGACUUUUAUGUUAACUAGAUGCUCUGUAACAUGAUAAAUGUGAAUGAUGUGUUUGCUGUUUUGUGUAUUUAUCAAACUUCUUAUAGGAGUGUUUGUCAAUUUUGUAGACUUUUGUUUUUUAAUAAAGAAUAAUUAUUUUUGUAAUGUUUGUUUUAAA